GCGUGCAGACAACCCAGAAAGAGCCGAACCAAGGCAGUUUUUUUUAUUGCUUUUGGGCUUUUGAGGGGGCGGGGUGAGGGGGUACGAGACAAGUCCCCAAGUUUUCUUUGCUUGUUUUUUUUUUCUUCUUUUUUGAAAUUUGUUUGCAUUUUUUCUCCCCCCUCCCCUUGGGUGGAAGUGCGCGUUCCACCUACCAGACCCCGAAAGAAAAGUGUCAGAGGCCGGUGCAAAAUCCGGCGUAACUUCAAGAAGACAUUUACAAGUCUAAGAGGCCAAGCACUUUGAAGAAGUGUGAGAGAUAUUUUUCCUCCAAAAGAAUAUAUUUUUAAAGAAACCAGCCAGUCCGCGGCGAGCAACAGCAGUUUUAUCAUUUAUUUUUGCCUUUUCUAUUUUAGACCAAACCAUCUUCCUGGCUUUUUCUUUUUUUCAAAAACAAAAACAAAAACACAGCCCAGAAGAAAGAGCAAAAUAAAGACGAAGAAGAAGAAGAGGAGGAGGAGGAGGAAGCGAGGAAGGGCAGAGGCACCAACCCGGGCAGAGGAGGAGGCGCGGCGGCGGCGGCGGCGGCGGCGGCUCGGACCCCCUCCCCGACCCGCAUCUGUGCAGCUCUCCGGGCGAUGCCAGAAUAGAUGCCGGGGCAAUGUCCCGCCGCAAACAGGGCAACCCGCAGCACUUGUCCCAGAGGGAACUCAUCACGCCAGAGGCUGACCAUGUGGAGGCUGCCAUCCUCGAGGAAGACGAGGGUCUGGAGAUAGAGGAACCUAGCAGCCUGGGGCUGAUGGUGGGUGGCCCCGACCCUGACCUACUCACCUGUGGCCAGUGUCAGAUGAACUUCCCGCUGGGGGACAUCCUGGUUUUUAUAGAGCACAAGAAGAAACAGUGUGGGGGCCUGGGGGCCUGCUACGACAAGGGCCUGGACAAGGGCAGUCCUCCACCCUCCUCUCGCUCUGAGCUCAGGAGAGUGGCGGAGCCAGUGGAGAUCGGGAUCCAGGUCACCCCUGAUGAAGAUGACCACCUACUGUCACCCACGAAAGGCAUCUGUCCCAAGCAGGAGAACAUUGCAGGGCCGUGCAGGCCUGCCCAGCUGCCAGCGAUGGCCCCCAUAGCUGCCUCCUCUUCCCACCCUCCCACAUCCGUGAUUACUUCACCUCUGCGUGCCCUGGGCGCUCUCCCACCCUGCUUCCCGCUGCCUUGCUGUGGCGCACGCCCUGUCUCGGGCGACGGGACUCAGGGUGAGGGUCAGAUGGAGGCUCCCUUUGGAUGCCAGUGUCAGUUGUCAGGUAAAGAUGAGCCUUCCAGCUACAUUUGCACAACAUGCAAGCAGCCCUUCAACAGCGCCUGGUUUCUGCUGCAGCAUGCACAGAACACGCACGGCUUCCGCAUCUACCUGGAGCCCGGGCCGGCCAGCAGCUCGCUCACGCCCAGGCUCACCAUCCCGCCUCCGCUUGGGCCGGAGGCCGUAGCGCAGUCCCCACUCAUGAAUUUUCUUGGGGACAGCAACCCCUUCAACCUGCUGCGCAUGACGGGCCCCAUUCUGCGGGACCACCCCGGCUUUGGCGAGGGCCGCCUGCCAGGUACGCCGCCGCUUUUCAGCCCACCGCCGCGCCAUCACCUGGACCCACACCGCCUCAGUGCAGAGGAGAUGGGGCUCGUGGCCCAGCACCCCAGUGCCUUCGACCGAGUCAUGCGCCUGAACCCCAUGGCCAUAGACUCUCCCGCCAUGGACUUCUCGCGGCGGCUGCGAGAACUGGCUGGCAACAGCUCCACGCCGCCACCUGUGUCCCCAGGCCGUGGCAACCCUAUGCACCGGCUGCUGAACCCUUUCCAGCCCAGCCCCAAGUCCCCGUUUCUCAGCACGCCACCGCUGCCACCCAUGCCCGCGGGCACGCCGCCGCCACAGCCGCCCGCCAAGAGCAAGUCGUGUGAGUUCUGCGGCAAGACCUUCAAAUUCCAGAGCAAUCUCAUCGUGCACCGGCGCAGCCACACGGGCGAGAAGCCCUACAAGUGCCAGCUGUGCGACCACGCGUGCUCGCAGGCGAGCAAGCUCAAGCGCCACAUGAAGACGCACAUGCACAAGGCCGGUUCGCUGGCCGGCCGCUCUGAUGACGGACUGUCGGCUGCCAGCUCCCCAGAGCCAGGCACCAGCGAGCUGCCUGGCGACCUCAAAGCGGCCGAUGGCGACUUCCGUCACCACGAGAGCGACCCAUCACUGGGCCCCGAGCCUGAGGACGAUGAGGACGAGGAGGAGGAAGAAGAGGAACUGCUGCUGGAGAAUGAGAGCCGGCCUGAGUCGAGCUUCAGCAUGGACUCGGAGCUGGGCCGUGGCCGUGAAAACGGGGGCGGCGUGCCCAGCGUGGCAGGUGCGGGUGCCGCAGCCGCGGCGCUGGCGGAUGAGAAAGCCCUGGCACUGGGCAAGGUGAUGGAGGACGCGGGGCUGGGCGCUCUGCCACAGUAUGGGGAGAAGCGUGGCGCCUUCCUAAAGCGUGCAGGUGAUGCGGGUGAUACGGGUGCUGGUGGCUGCGGGGAUGCAGGUGCACCGGGUGCGGUGAACGGGCGUGGUGGGGCCUUUGCACCAGGCACAGAGCCCUUUCCUGCUCUCUUCCCACGCAAGCCUGCACCAUUGCCCAGCCCUGGGCUUGGUGGCCCUGCGCUUCACGCGGCCAAGCGCAUCAAGGUGGAGAAGGACCUGGAGCUGCCUCCCGCUGCUCUCAUCCCAUCAGAGAACGUGUACUCGCAGUGGCUCGUGGGCUACGCCGCUUCACGCCACUUCAUGAAGGACCCGUUCCUGGGCUUCACGGACGCGCGCCAGUCACCUUUCGCCACAUCGUCCGAGCACUCGUCCGAGAACGGUAGCCUGCGUUUCUCCACACCGCCGGGGGACCUGCUGGAUGGUGGGCUGUCGGGGCGCAGCGGCACAGCGAGUGGGGGCAGCACGCCUCACCUGGGUGGCCCGGGUCCUGGGCGGCCGAGCUCCAAGGAGGGCCGCCGCAGCGACACGUGCGAGUACUGCGGCAAGGUCUUCAAGAACUGUAGCAACCUGACGGUGCACCGGAGGAGCCACACCGGAGAGCGGCCUUACAAGUGCGAGCUGUGCAACUACGCGUGUGCGCAGAGCAGCAAGCUCACGCGCCACAUGAAGACGCAUGGGCAGAUCGGCAAGGAGGUGUACCGCUGCGACAUCUGCCAGAUGCCCUUCAGCGUCUACAGCACCCUGGAGAAACACAUGAAAAAGUGGCACGGUGAACACUUGCUGACUAAUGAUGUCAAAAUCGAGCAGGCCGAGAGGAGCUAAGCGCGUGUGCAGGGGGGCACCGCGUGCGUCUGUACAGCGUGACCAUUGCCAAUCAUCGCCAAUGGGACCCGUGACCGGACUGGCCUCUGUGUCCCCGGGGCCCAGGGAGGCGGCAGUCCAACCUAACCUGUGUCUGCGAAGUCCUAUGGAAACCUGAGGGUUGAUUAAGGCAGUAAAAAUUAAAAAAAAAAAAUUGUGGAGCCUUUUAACUGUGCAAUAAUUUCUGUAUUUAUUGGGUUUUGUAAUUUUUUGGCAUGUAUGUGCAGGUACUUAUUAUUAUUAUUAUUUCUGUUUAAAUUCCUUUAAAAGAUUUUGUUGGGUAUCCAUCCCUUCAUUUUUUAAUAACCCAGUAGUAGUUUGAGCAAUGACUCGCAAGUGAUGUAGAGGGAAGCUAUCUUUUAAAUUAUAAUUUUUGUGUGUGUGGGGGGGUGCUGCUUUUUUGAAAUUUAAGCUAAGCAUGUGUAAUUUCUUGUCAAGAAGCCAACACUUAAAUGACUUUUGAAGUUGUUUGCCUUUUCAUCAUUUACUUUUGUCCUGAAAUUAAAAAAAAAAAGUGGCAUGUGGGUUUUUUUUUUUUUCCGGGGAGGGGGUGACUUUCAAAAACUUUUUUUUCUGGGAGGUGGAUGUACAGCGGAUUACAAUCUUUAACGUUGUAGCACUUUGUUUUAGCAUCCGAUUGGAGACUUAGCACUGAUGUCCUCCUGAGUCGCAGAGAUAACUGUGUGGAAUUCAACUUUCAUGUUAGGAAGGAAAACUUGGAGGGAGGGGUGUGUGGCAAGCGAGCUUCUCCUGCACUCGGGACCCAGAGAAACUUUCCCAGGUGGCUCUAGGAACAGCCCCAGCCUCCUGCAAUUGUGUGUUCCCAGGAGAUACUGUCCUUUUCUGGGGAACUUGGUGUAUCUCUGCCCUUUACUGUAGAUUUGGCUGUAUAAAAUGGGCUGAGGGUACCUACUGGGUAGACAGUGGUGGCCUGCGGUGGCAGGAAGCAACUAACAAUGUUCGUUUAGGCUUCUCUCUCUUUCACUACCCAGCCUACAGCUAAAUCCCAGAUGUCCAUUGCUACAGUGGUUGGUAAUUGGCCGUGUCCCAAGCAGACAACUGGCCCUGACGAUGACCUAGGGGAGUUACCUCCAGGGUCUCUCGGCUAGUGCUGGCCGCACUGUUGGGCAGGGGAAUCUUGCCUGUUGGUUUCUUGCUGGAGAAGCUGGGAGGAGUACCCUCCAAGGUGCUCCACGCUGCUUCCAUUUUUUGAUUUUUGUUUUUUUCCUUCCUCCAAUUAGUUGGGACAUCCUAUACAUUGGACUUGUUCGGAUUUGAUGUUUGAAUUCUGUUGACCCGCACUUUAAAGCUUUUGUUUGCAUUUAAAUUAAAUGGCUUCUAAACAAGAAAUUGCAGCAUAUUCUUGUCUUUGGCCCAGAGGUGGGUUAAACUGUAAGGGACAGCUGAGAUGGAGUGUCAGUAUUGCUAAGCGUGGCAUUCACAAUACUGGCACUAUAAAGAACAAAAUUAAAUAAUUUAUUGGACAGUUUCUCUACUGCCAUUCAAUUUGAUGUGCGUGCCUUGAAAACUGAUCUUCCUAUUUGAGUCUCUUGAGACAAAUGCAAAACUCUUUUUUUUUUUUGAGAUGAAAAGACUUUAAAAAGCAAACAAGAAAAGUACAUUCUUUAGAAACAAAGCCACAUUUACUUUAAAUUAAAAAAAAAAUCCCGGUUGAAGAUAGAGGACGUGAAAAUGCCAUAAGACCCAAUCAAAUGAAGAAAUAACCCCAGCACAGCCCUGGACAUCCAUUAGCAGAAUUGUUUUCAGCCCCUUUUCUUUUUGGGACAACGCUGCUUAGAUGUGGAGUGGAGGUGAUUUACUGCUGAAUUAAAACUCAAGUGACACAAGCCGAUAUCGUUGAAUGAAAAAACAAACAACAAAAACAAUUCAGGAACAAUGGCUAAUUUUUUUUUCCUAAAUUUAAAUUUAGUGCACUCUGUCUUAAAAACACGUUUACAGUAUUGGAUACAUACAAGGGUAAAAGAAAUCGUGUGUAUGUGUGUUGGAGCGAUCUUUUUUAUUUUAUUUUAUUUUCAAAGUUUGCUUAAUAGGUUAUACAGAAAUGCCACAAUGGCUACGUGUAUAUUGUUUUCUUUUGGUGACGGGGUUUUAGUAUACAUUAUAUAUAUUGAAAUUUCUUGAUUACUGUCAAAGUGGACCAGUAUUUGUAAUAAUUGAGAAUGCCUGGGCAUUUUACAAAAUGAGAAAAAAAAAAGUCCUUUUUCUUUUCCUUGAAACCGUUGCAGUAAGUUUUAAAUGGUGGGUCUAUGAAAUCUGUCGUCACGGUAACUGUAAAGUCGGAGUUUUAGGACCUUUUUUUCUGCCUUGGGUGUUGAAUUUUUAUUUCGAAAACAAAUGUAUAGAAACUUGUAUUUGGGGAUUAAAAGGGGAUUGCUACACCGUGUAGAAAAAGUAUGUAGAAAAAAAAAGUGCUUAAUAUUGUUACUGCUUUGCAGAAAACAAAUCCCAUUUCUGACCUGUGCUUAUUUUUCUCUCCCCCCCUCUGGAAUGGAUAUAUCGGUCGGUUCAUAUGAUGUAGGCGCUCGCUGUAUUUUUACCGGAGCUUGUAAUUUUUUAACUGUAAGCUUGUCCUUUUAAAGGGAUUUAAUGUACCUUUUUGUUAGUGAAUUUGGAAAUAAAAAGAAAAAAAAAGACAAAAACAAACAGGCUGCCAUAAUAUAUUUUUUUAAUUUGGCAGGAUAAAAUAUUGCAAAACAAAAAAAACAAAAACAAAAAACCUCACCCACAUUUGUCUGUUGAGUCCUCUUGUACAGGAGAAAAAAAGGGUUGUUUGACAACCUUCAAGAAAAAAAAAAGACACAAAAGGAAAGAGUCAAAUCUUUGGUUCAUGAGUCAUUUUAUUAGUUGUGUAGAUUCUGUCCGAAUUGGCCUACUCAAACUAUUGGCUUCAGGAUCUGAAUGCUCGAACUUUGCUUCAGGCCUCCUUGGUGCAGCCACAAGCAGAUAAAGGGAUGGCAGGGGUAGGGGUUGAGAGAACAGGGUCACCUCCCUACUCGGCUAUGACUACUGUGGCUGCUCCUUCUGCCCCCUAACCACCCUCAAGAGCAGAGAGAGAAUCCACAGCUGCCUUUGCCCUUGAGCAGACCUGGAUGGAGCGAAGCCUCUGGAAGGAGCAGCUGGGCCCAGGGGAGCCUCUGCCACUGAGACUGGUGCGGGAGGGACUGAGAAGGGCCUUGAACGCGGGUCCUUCUGUUCCACGGAGAGUGUCCGCUUGCUCGCUUUCCUUCUCGGCUUCGCUGCUUUUCUCUGCAAUUCCAUCUGUUUCAGAAUGGUGAGGGCCUGGGAUGAAGGAAUUCUGUGCCUUUCCAUCAUUCUCCCCUUCCGUGUUCCCUCUCCACCCUCCUCCAGUCUCCACCAAUCCUCUAAUCUGUUCGUUUCCUCUUUAAUUUUCCUCCCCCUCUUUGUCCCCUCCCCAUCCAUCUCCCCCUUUUUCUAAAGUCCAGUAGCAGUUGUUUAUUGGAUGAGGGAAUAAUACACUUUUCACACACAAAUAUCUAUAUCAGGAAGCCAUUUUUUUUUAAUUUCAGGAAAUGUAAGAAACCAUCAUUUCAGCUUAUGAAAGCAUGGCCGUGCAUCUUUCCAGGCUGGUCCUUCAAAUGCAAAGUCUGUCUCACUGUCUCCCAUUGGACUUACCUUUGCACAGCUCAAGGAUGGGGGACCAAGUGGGGUGCCACGCCUAGGUCUCAGUGUCCUGUAUGCUUGCCCCAAGGCCCAGUCCUUCUGCCUCCCUGCCCCUGCGCUGCCCUGUUAGCUGCCUGGGAGCCUCUGUGUGGUUCUCCUGUGCUCAUAAAAGCUAGCCGGCGCUCACCAGCUCACCUGUCACCAGAAUGCCAGGACUAAGCCAUCCUAAAGCACAAGGAUUGUCAGUCUCUGCCAAGUGCAGAGAGAAGAGAAUUUUGCUUCUCUUGUCAAAGAGAAAACCAACCCACCAACCUCCCCAGAGCAGGUGACCCAGUCAAGGGCUGUAGCAUGGGUGAGCCAACCGACCUCAGGUCGGGUUCCACACUGCCACAACUUUACCCAAAGUUGCCCCCAAUUCGAACCUGCCACUUGCCAUUGGAGGGUCGUCAUGGGAGGGGGAGGGGAGAGCAGACUGGCUUACUUUAAGCAAAAUGUGAACCCUGAGGUGAACAGCCUUCCACCCGACCCUUCCGUCCGAGGUUUUGUUGAACGCAGGUGAAUCCGUGAUUUUGGUGCUCUCUCUAUCAGCCCUGCAUAGCAAAGGCACAUUGAUUCCAGCUGUUUGCUUUUGUACUGGCGAGGCGAAAUAUUUUUAUUACCUUUUCUAUUACUUAUCGUAUGAGCUUUUGUUGUUUGCCUAGAGGGUUUGUCUCUUACAACAAGUUUGGAGCUAUUUAUUAUUGCUUGGUAUUUGUGCUCUGCUUUAAAAAACAGGCACUUGUUUUUUUUAAUUAUGGAUAAAAUGUUGAGAUGACAGGAGGUCAUUUCAAUACGGCUUAGUAAAAUAUUGAUUGUUCCUUUUCUUCUCUGUACAAGAUUUUGGGCCUCUUUUUUUCCCUUAAUGUCACAAUGUUGAGUUCAGCAUGUGUCUGCCAUUUCAUUUGUACGCUUGUUCAAGACCAAGUUUGUUCUGGUUUCAAGUUAUGAAAAUAAAUUGGGACAUUUAACUUGA